AUGGACUCUUCCCAGUCAAACCACGCCCUUGUGCUGGGGGCAUCCGGCCUCAUUGGCUGGUCCGUUGUGAACCAGCUGCUCUCCAAUUACCCGAUGCCGGGUUCUUUCCCAAGAGUCACUGCGCUCACAAACCGCCCCGUCGGCCUGGAGGAGUCCUGCUGGCCCACGGAACGCCUGAGCACCGGCAGGCCGAGCCUUCGAUUGGUCUCCGGUGUAGACCUCAGGUGCGACGGUCUCGGUGAUUCUGGUAACGGGCCGCAGGAACUUGCAAAGACAUUACUAGAAAGAGUGGAGGAUGCGCACACUUUCACGCACGUCUACUACUUUGUAUUCACAUCAUUGCAGGACCAUCUUGAGGAGGUGGCAGUCAACAAGCGCAUGCUAGAGAACGUCAUCGGCGCGUUGGAGAUACUGGGUGCUCCAUUGAAGUUUGUUGUCUUCCCCGGGGGUACGAGGGGCUACGGAAUAUAUACCCCUGGCGGCACGUUCACACCUCCUCUUGCCGAGGACAUGGUGAAUAAUCUGCCGCCAGACUAUGCGAAGACGGUCGUGUACCCGGUGUUCCGCGAAUUGUUAACGAAGGCGUGUCAGGGGAAAAGUUGGACGUGGUGUGAGAUCUGUCCAGACGCUAUCAUUGGAUUCACGCCCAACGGCUCACAGUUCUCUCUUGCUCUCCAUUGGGCGCAGUAUCUAUCUCUAUACGCUCAUAACCACGGCUUGAGACCUCAACAAACAGAACGGCCAGCGGCACCGGUGACGAUCCCCUUCCCAGGAAACGAGGCUGCAUACGAAUCCAAGUUCACUCCCGUCUCCGCAAAAACUCUUGCGUGCUUCGCGAUCCAUGCUUCCAUGGACCCAAACAACUGUGGAGGCGGUCGCCUAUUUAAUAUAGGCGACAGCGUCAAACCGGCCAAAUUCAGGGAGAUAUGGCCCAGGCUCGCGGCCUGGUUUGGCAUGGAAGGCACCUCCCCUGUGGCAUCUUCUGCAGACGACGCAUCUAAUGACGACAAAAAAGUCAUGCCCGGACAGUACAUAGCUCAGCACCAGGACGUCUUCCUCGGAAAGGGGUUGCACAGGGCUGUGAAGGCUGGGGUUGGUGCAGGGAGCUCGCAGCUCGACAGCGUGGGGACGUGGUUGACUUUUGACAGGCAGUUGAGCUUGAAGAAAUUGAGGGACUCUGGCUUUAAUGAAGAGAAAGAUCCCGUAGACGGCUGGCUGGAGUCGUUUGAGGCUUUCAGGAAGGCCGGGUUGAUCUUCUGA